CUCGUCUUGUCCCUUCUCCUCCCCCCUCCCUCUUUUAAACUCCCUUCUGGGUUGUUCUUCGAUUCCCCCGCUCCUAGGAAUCGUUCAGGCUGUUUCCGUUGCCUCCUCCUUGACCUCCCCCUUACCCAACCCCGAUGGCAUCCUUCAUGCAGUCUCUGCCGGUCUGCUCGGCUUCUCGCAAGCAGUCAACCGCUGUUCCCUUCUAUCUGCACAAAGCUUCACAGUCCAGAGUCUCGUCAGGGACGCGUAGCUCCUUCUCCUCGCUAUGUUCUUCCGCUAGAUUGACCCCCUCUCAACUCACUUCUCGUCACUCCUCCCAAAUUAUCUCUCAGCCCCAGGUUGCCGCCCAGCAAUGUCGGACUUUCCUCGUUCAACUCAAGCGGCAAUCUCAGACACUCAAGGAAACCCCGGUAUCGCAACCGCCGCCCAACCUGCAACUCACAAACCUUCCUUAUUUCAUCCGUCGCACAGCCUCCAACCAACUUCCCGUAUAUCUCGUCACUAAGGCCGGCGGUACCAAGCAACAAACCAAGCUCCAAAAGACUGAAGGCGAUUUGGAUGCCCUGAGGAACGAUCUGGCGCAGUACCUGGGAUUGGAGUCGGGUGACCCCCGCGCUCCCAAGAGCCCGGAUGUGACUAUUAACCGUCUUAACGGUCACAUCAUUGUCAAAGGCUGGCGCAAACCUGAGAUCCUGAAAUUCCUUCAGGAACGCAACUUCUAAGCAAAACCACAAGAGAAGGAACCGGAGUCGUCCCUGGAUCCCUUUCACUCCUCUUUUACUUUCAAUCCUACGUCGGCACCAGCUCAUUGAACCCAUUGAUACUGCCACAUACACACACUUGUCUAUUGUCACGCCUAGCACAGGGAGCGAUGGGGAUCCAGGGACAGGAUGAAACCACACACUGCAGACUUGGUUACAAGAAGAAGACUAAAAAAGGGCCGAACCAGAACGACGGGAUGAAAAGAAAAUAAGCAGUGCAUAUCUGCAAUGGUCAGGGAUGAUCGAUAUACUUUGGUUAUAAUGUCCCCCCAUGAUCCCAUUUUCCUUUUUUUCCAAAUUUCCCUCUACUUACUUUAUUCCUCACUUUGUAUUACUUUUCUCUCUCCUACUAGUGCUGGUGUUCCUGUCAUAACUCCCUUAUUUCUGCGGGGCUUCUGUUUUUCUGGCUGCUGUAUGUAUGUAUACUGGCGUGAUCUCUACCUUUUCUAUUUUCUCU